UGUUGUUCGCUCGUCUACGAGCUAUUAUAAUAUUCAAUUAUUAAUUUGACUAGAAGAAUGCAUACGUUAUUAGUGAUUUUCAGUAUUAUUAAUUUAUCUUUGCCAUUUUGUGCGUCGAUAUCAUGUCCACCGUGUCCUAAAAACGAUUACGAAACAAUACCUGCAUAUAUUCUGUAUAUAUUGGGAUUGAUGUCAAUACUGCUUGCUUUAGUGUUAAUAACACUAAUAUAUGUUUUAUUUAAGACGAACUUCCUGACACGAUUGUUUACUACUCAACCUGUUGAAAAGUUGGAAGAAACAGUUGCCCAGUGUCCAACAUGCCAGAAAAAAACGACUGGAGGAAUACAAUUUGAAAGGAAUAGCGGUGAUAUCAAAAAUGAAAACGAAAAUAUCCAUACUUUAAAAAGACAAGAGAGUCAACUUGCAAUCACAAAUAACGUCAACACCCUGCGAAGUCCUAAAAAUUCUGAUGCUUCGGGUAAUAUUUCUCCAAGAAUUAUAAAAGGUGCUGCUAAAGACUUACCAUACAUAUUACCAGAACAAAUGACGUUGAUUUGCAAAGAAGUGUUAAAACGCGCUGCCAAAAACGAUUCAAUAAACAGUCUUCAAAACAUAGUGAAUGAAAGCAAACCGAAAGAUGAAAAAGUUUUGAAAUGUGCCUCAACUCCAGCUUUAGAUUUAUGUGACACUCCAGAAACACCCCACAGGGAUAAAAAAAUUAAAACAGAUAAUCAUUGUUCUACCAACUUAGAAACGACAGCUUCAAAGGUUACAAAAGUGGAAGAGAGUUUAAAAAGUAGCAGUAUUUUUGGAGACGACGAACCAGAAAAUAGUUUUGAAAUAUACGAUUUCCCUAAGGAAUCAAAUAACGAUACAUUAACAAGGGAGGAAAGUAAUAAAGCAGAACAUUUAUCAGGUUAUGUAACACCCUGUUUUGAAAAUGAGUCGUCGUCGGGACGUAUUAAACAAAAAGAAGAAAAGCAAAAUUAUGCCCAGAUAAAAGAUAUGUUACCCGAACAAAAUGCGAUUAUAAAUAACUGUAUUGAUUACAAUGAAUAUUAUGAUAAUCCAAAGAUUGCAAACGACACAAAUAAAAUGUACAUCAACGCGAAUGACGUAAACAUGUAAAAAUAAUAAAUAAGUAGUUAUAUAAUUGAUUUUAAAGGAAUCAUCAUUAAGUGUUUCAUGUAAUGACAUAAUAGUACAUUACGAUAUUUACGAUACAAGUGCAUAAAAGCAAGUUCGAAACGAGUGGCGAUAAAGU